UAUUGCAUUUACACAUUGGCUACUUGUUCUUUCAUAAUAUAUAUAUUAGUAUAUUCUGAUUUAUAUAAUUUCUGCGAUAGUAGCAUAUUAUGAGAUAUUAUGCCGUAUGUGCUCGACAAUAAAAUAACAUAAAAACAUUUCAAAUACAUUAAGUAAAAUAAGCUUGGAUUGUUAUUGAGUUAGUGAAGCAGAAUGAAAAUGCUUUUUGUGUAUGUGUGAUUUAUACUGUAUUGUACAAACUGAGAUUAAUUUAGUUCCAAUAUACUGGAUCCUGAAUAAAAUAAUAGUCUACUCUAUUUAUUACCUCUAUUCUCUGAUGCAGGUAAAGUGUUUACCUCAACAAUGAAUAAUUGUUCUUCGAAUAAAAGUGUGAUAUUCCAAAAUCCAGAAUGUAAACCAUUGGAAAAAUUGAAAUUAGUAAUCCAAAGCGAUGGAAUUAUGCAAACUAUCCCUGCUUUGGAUGAAUAUUGGGUAGAAAAUAAAAAGUUUUUAACUUAUGAGCCUCCUAUCUUCAUUGAUGAAAAUGGUAAAGAUAUAAUUGGUGCAAAAGAAAGGUGGCUUGAGUUAGCUAUAUUUUUUCUGGAUGAUUUAACUUGGUUACUUCGUCUGCCUUUCUACAAAUUUUGGUCAAAUAUUGUUUAUAAUACAUCUAUAAUAAAGUCAAUUAUAAGUUUCCUGCAAGAAUCACCAAUAUUUUUCCAUUUAGAUAAUUUUUUUGAGUAUGACAUAAAAGAAUAUAUUAAUAAAAUUAGAAAAAAUAUUCUUCAUAUUUUUGCAAGACUUAUGACAAAUAAAGAAAGUACUACAGAAUAUAUUAUUUUAUCUGAGCAUGCAAGUUUGUUGUAUGACAAAUAUAUUUUAACAGUACCAAUUAUAUUAGACUUAUGUCAACAAUAUGGCCGUGAUAAUAAAAAAAUUAUCGUAAAAAUGAUAAAUUCAGCAUUUGCUCUACAACCUUUAUAUAAAAAUGAUUUACAAGAAGCUGCUUUAUUCAUAAUAAAGACAUUAACAAAUAUUGAAAGGCAAUUUGAAGAUUGUCCUGCUGAUCAAGAAGGAAAGGCAGUACUUUUAUCAGAUAGAGGGGGAGCUAAUGUUGAAAUCACCCUAUUUGACUUAGAAGACAUUAUCUUAUAUUUAUUAGAUAUUGUAUCUACAAUUAAUAUUUUUUUAGAAAUAUAUCCUGAUGCUAUAUGUGAUUUCAACAGUGAUAAUUUUAUAUCAAAAUUAAUAUCAAUCUAUUGCAAUGUGAUGCCAGAAAUGUAUAAAAGAUUAAAUGAUUUAGCAUUCAAAGAUGAAACUCUUGCAAGAUUUAUGGAAUUGAAACAUAGACUUGAUAUAACAAGAAUAGAGAUUAUCAAUGUUUAUCGUACUAUUGUAUAUAAAGAUGUAAAAAAUGUUAUUGCUAAGAAAGAUUCUUUUCCACCUUCUGAAGUGGAAGAAGUUAUAGAGCAAUUGCUGAAUAGUUUAUCAUGUACAUUAUCUGAAAAAGAAUUUGUUAUAGAUUAUCAUAAUUUAUAUCCAAUCACUGAUGAUUUGCAAAUCUUAUUAGAAUUAAAUCCCAACAUAGAUACAGUAAAAUGUGAGUAUAUUGUAAAUUCAAUUUUUUCAUUCUUGGAUGAACCAGCUACUUCCACAAUAUCAGCUUUAACUAAAAAAGUGUCUGAAUCAACAGUCGGCUCUAGCAAUAUUCAACAAGAAAUCACAACUAGCGAACAUAAUACGCCUAAUGACAUUUCAUUACCAACCAUAAGUACUAAAAAUGAAUCGGAAAUGUUAGUUCUUAUUUCGGAAAUUAAAGAUGUUUUAUGCGAUCUUGGUGAAGGAUUUAUAGAGAAAUGUCUAAAACAUUUCAAUUAUAAUAAAGAAACAGUUAUUAACGCAGUAUUAGAAGAUUCUUUACCAAAUGAAUUGAAAAACUUAGAUCAUUAUCUUCCCUAUAUACCACCGGAUCCAGAGGAAGCAUCUGCUACAGUCGAUGCUGCUAUUGGAGUUCAAAGAUUGAAUAUUUACGACAAUGAUGAAUUUGAUGUAAUGACACAAAAUACUAUAGACACCUCGAAAAUACAUAAAGGCAAACGAAAAGACAAGUAUAAAAAUUUUAAUGAACUUCUCAAUGAUAAAUCGCAUAUUGCUGAGACAAAGAAUAUCUACAGUAAAUAUAGCAUAAUAACAAGUGAAUACGAUGAUGAGUAUGAUGAUACAUAUGAUGAUCAAAAUGUAGGAUCAAGUGCACAAGAUGACGUCAUAGAAGUAGAUGCAAGACCUUUUACUAUACCUAGGAUUCUUAGAAAACGUGAACUGAAUGACGUAGAGGAAAACGAUGACGAGAAUGAAGUUGAAUGUUCGGCAGACGCUCAGAUUAAUAAAGAUAAUUUUGUGCAAGAUCCGGCAAUACUAAGAGCAAAAGCGGAAGAAAGGAGACAACAUAAACAAAGAAAUAAAGUAUUUUAUUCGCAGACAUCAAGUGUCGUUGGAAAUUCAAAAGACCAAGGACAAACGAAAGAGACUGUGAAUAAUCGAAACCACAGAAAUAAACAAAAAGCUUCUAAAACCAAUCAUAAUCGCCGUGCCGGUUCGCAAUGGAAACGUAACCAUGGGAUGGUUCCUUCUUAAAAACGACAUAGAAAUUCUUUGAAUCUAGAACAAAUAAUUAAUCUAUGUAUAAAAUCUUUUUAGGAAACGAAUAAAAAAAUUUGUAACACGUUGUAAGUUACUGCAGUUUACCACUACUGUUAGUUUUAUGAUAAUCUAAAUAAAACAUACUUUUAUGAUUUUUUAAUAAAUUGAAAAAAAAUAUGAUGAAAACUAAUAAUGGUAAUUUUAAUUUGACAUCAAAUUUGAAUUAAUUUGCCAAUUUCAAUAAUAAAUCACAUCUUAUGAGUUUGCUCUAAAUUUUAAUUCCUGAAGAGCUUUGAAAACUGUAACAGUGCAGAAACUUAUAAUAACGAAUUAAAUUGCUAAGCUAAUGUGUUUAAAUUUUAUAGGAUUUUAAAAGUUUUACAAAGAUUUAAACAUUGAAUCGAAAAUAAACCAACGUGAUUUAUUUCAACUUAUUUUAAUCCACAGAAUUCGAAUUCAAAUUAACGUUAUCUCGCUUUAUUUUGUGAUUGGAUUCUAGAAAACCGUAAGAAAACCAUUAGAAAAACACUUUUAUUGUUAUUGAUGUUAGUUUUCACGUGAUUCCAACCCUCCCAUGAAUAAAAAAGGCAUCAUAAGAUAAUAUCUGAUGAGCCGAAACACUUUUAAGUGAAUGCGCUUUGCGCAAUGUUAAAAUGAUAAUAUUUAGAAUAUAUCCACCAUCCAGUUUGAAUGUUUAAAAUAAACAGUAAUGUACUCUUCUGAUGAAAUCGUUUUAAUUCUAUAUAAAUUUUCAGGUGUCAAAUAAAUAAAGCACAUUAUUCAAUAAUAUAAACUAAUAUAAGUGAAUCACUUAUAUUUAUGAUACCAUAAUUAGUACAUUACGAUACAAGUACGGGAAUUAGUACAUUACGAUACAAGUGCGAGAGUAGUACAUUACGAUACAAGUGCGGAAUAGUACAUUUCGAUACUCCGUGCGCAAAGUGCGUCUUUCCCGUACGCUCGGUAGAAAACGUGCGUUGAAAAUCACACUUUUCACACGUUGUAUCAAAAAAUACGGUACGGCA